ACCCCUAGGGUUUUCACUCUUCGUCAGUUGUCACGUAUCAGGAAAAAGGGAAAACAUCGUCGGCAUAUAUACAUACAUCUUACCUCUCUCAAAUUCCUUAAAAAAAACCCUUGUUUCUUCUCUCACCAAUCAAGAAAAAUGGAGGAGGAACUCCACAUCCAAGCUCAAACGUCGAAAGCCCUAAUAAAACAACUAGCAUCAAGCGACACAAAAACCCGAAACAAGUCCUUAAAGAUUCUCUUAAACAAAUGGUUACCUUCACAACCUCAAAUCUCUGAAGAAACUAUGAAGAAAAUAUGGAAAGGGCUGUUUUACUGUAUGUGGCAUGCUGACAAGUCUUUAGCUCAGAACCAACUAAUCAACAAAUUGAGUUCUUUACUUACUGUUAUUGAAGUUGAAUCUGUUUGUUUUAGUUAUUUCUCUGUUUUUUUAGUUACUAUGAGAAGGGAAUGGUCUGGUAUUGAUGGGUUGAGGUUAGAUAAGUUUUAUCUUUUGAUUAGGAGAUUUGUGAAUUCUUUUUUUGGUUUCUUGAAAAAGAAGGGGUGGGCUUUGGAUGUUGUGGAAAGGUUUAUGAGGGUUUUUGUGGAAAAAGGUUUUUUAGCUGAUGAUAAUUUUUUAGGGAACGGUGUUAAUUAUCAUGUUGUUUCGGUUUUUGUUGAGGAAUUGAAGGGUUUUUUGCCCGUGAAGGAGGCGGUUUUGGAGGUGAUUUUUGGGAAUUUUGUGAGUGUAAUGGGGAAGGUGAGUGAUAAGGUUUUGCUGGGGAAGAUUAAGAGUAAUGUGUUUGAUCUGUUGUUGCGGAUGGGGAAGGAAUUGUUGGAGGUGAAGAUUAAGGGUGAUGACGUUGGGGACAAUGAUGAGGUGGUGAUUUUGGGUUCAAUUGCUUUGGUAAUGGGGUUCUCUAAGAGGUUUUAUGAGUUGGGUUCUUCAGUCGAGUGUUGUCAAGGGAAUAGGAAAGUGGUUUUGGGGUUACAUGAAGUGUUUUUGAAGUUAGAGAAGGAUUUCGUGGCCUCAGGGAUCAAGAUUGCACUUCCAGAGAGUAAUGGUGACGAGGAUGAAGAGAAGGUGCCGGCUUUGGUUCCUAUUGAUAGUGGUAUGGGAGUGGAAGGUUUGAAUGGUGACGUUGCUAAGGCGCCUGGUAGCAAGAAAUUGAAGAAAAGCAAAAAGGCAAAGGAGUCGGAUGGCAAUAGCAAAAAGGCUAAGAAGAAGAAAAGGAAUGUCAUUUCCAGUUCCCACAGUGAGAGUGAUUCUAUGACUGAUGAGAAUGGUUAUGAGGAUUUACCAAAUGGGGAGAAUUCAAGCAAAGAAAAGACUGUUGAUGAUAAUUUGGUAAGGUUUGAUGAAUCUGCCAUAGCAAAUCUUCAGAGGCAAUUUGAGAAAGUUGCCGCAGAAGUGGGCAUAGAUGAGGGUGUCACUAGUGUCUGUGAUUUUCCUAAAGUCACUGGCAACGGUAAUCUCUCCAAAAAGAGAAAGAGAGCGAAGAGGGUGGAAUUGAAGCAAUCUGAAAAUCAAGAAUCGAACGGCCAAGAAGAUGCUGAAGCUGGCACAAGCACAAUGGCAAAGAGCACUGAGAAGAGUGCAAAAAAAGUCCGGUUUUCCAUGAAAAACAACUUGAUCUGGAAGCCCAGCACUCCUUUACCACCACAAAGUUUGAGAAUACCGCCAUCUGUGACCCCUAGAGGAAGUGCACUUAAAAAAGGGAUACCUCCAGGUCCAGUUAGGGAGAUGCCUGCAAAGAAAAAUAUGAAACAAAGAGCGAAAUCCAUGAAGAAAGUAAUCAAAGGCAUUUCCCCUGCCACUAAGCGCGUAAAGAAGUUAAAAUCACUUGCCGUCUAGAUUUCAAGGAUGGACGUUUGGAAGGCUCGUGAGAUAAUUUGAAGACUACAAGUCAUUCGUCUGAAGCACCUGAUGAUGUGCAAGCGGAGGGGAGCUGUGAAGAUGUGCAGUGUUGGAAAAUGCGUAGUUGGAAAUGGUGUACCAUACUUCGACAUGCUCUGUUAUUUCCCUGUUCGAAUGCUGUACUGGUCACUUGCUCUGCAGUCCUCGUACUCCUAUUUGCUUUGAAAAAAUGGAUCUUCUCUUGAUUGCUUUGUUUUGUGAUGCAAAUACAGGAAAUAUCUUUGGAAUUUUAGGCCAUUUUGUGCCACCGUCAUUGUGACAUGGUUCUCAUUUGCAAAUGGGCGAUAUUCUUUUUGGACUGA